AUGAACACAUUGGUGGAGUGCAGGUCGAUGCAAAUCAAGAUGAUAUCUGCAAGAGAUCUGAAGGAUGGUAUAACCAAUGUGUACGCCAAGGUUUCUUUGAGCAAAGAUACAUCAGAGAGGAGGUUCGAAACUAAGCCAGACGAGACUGGUGGGAACAACCCCAAGUGGGUUACUGAAAUGAGCUUCCAUGUCGAAGAGUCAAAGCUCCAAUAUAACAAAGUCAAGCUCGUCUUUGAGCUGUACGAGAAACGGUGUCCAUUUAUCUGCGAUAAGAAGAUAGGAAAGGUGAAGAUCGCCUUGAAGGACCUCUUCAAUAAGGGGACUGAUGAGGAGUUUCGUCAUGACCGUAACCUCUCAAAGAGAAAAGGAAUAGUGGAGUUUUCGUAUCGUUUCUCACCAGAUAUCACCGCUUAUAGUCUUCCUGGUCCAUUGAAGAGAGGGAUGAAACUUGUCCUCAAGGCGACCUUAAAGAUCAUCUCUGGAGGAAUCUGUUAG